AUGGACCAGCAAGCAAAGCCCGUCGAUGCCGAGCAGCCGCCGGCGCUCAACCUCCUCGGCCAGAUCGUUGCGCGUCUCUCCGAGUACGGGCAGAACGCCACCAGCAACAUCUCGCAAGGCUUCAACAGCAUGACCCUGCAGUCUUGGAUCCGCAUCGUCGUCAUUGCGGGCGGAUACAUGCUCCUCCGGCCAUACUUCCUCAAGGCCGUCACCAAGGGCGCAGUAGAGAAGAUGGAGAGGGACGACAGGGCAGCUCGCGGCGAGGACGACAAGCUGCCUCACCCGGAACUCACGCCCAACGAAUACCGCGGCAUCAAGGAGAAGCUGUACGCGGAUGACGACAAUGCGGGGGCCGACGGUACCAGCUCAGAUUGGGGUCAGAAGGCGCGCGUGCGGCAACGAAAGAUGCUGAGGGAGCUGUUGGAGGAGGACGAGAGGCGAAGGGCUGCGCUGGACGAGGAUGCUGAUAUUCAGGAGUUCCUGGAGGAUUGA